CAUUUUCUAACCUUUAAGAUGAGUUGCCCGAUGAAUGGUAUUCAUAACAAUAUUCCACAUGAUGAAGGGACUUUCAUGUUCACUUCGGAGUCAGUGGGCGAGGGGCAUCCUGACAAAAUCUGUGACCAGAUCAGUGAUGCCGUGCUCGAUGCCCACUUACAGCAGGACCCCGAUGCCAAGGUUGCGUGUGAGACGGUCUGCAAGACUGGAAUGGUGCUGUUAUGUGGUGAGAUCACCUCUCGCGCGAUAGUUGAUUACCAGAGAGUGGUGAGGAAUACAAUCCAGUACAUCGGAUACGAUAACUGUUCUAAAGGUUUUGACUACAAGACAUGUAACGUGCUGGUUGCAUUGGAGCAGCAGUCUCCAGAUAUUGCACAGGGAGUCCAUCUAGACAGACACGAGGAAGACAUUGGUGCUGGAGACCAGGGCCUGAUGUUUGGUUAUGCCACGGACGAGACGGAAGAGUGCAUGCCGCUGACGAUUAUCCUCGCACACCAGCUCAAUUCCCGCAUGGCCGAGCUGCGGCGUAACAACGUGCUGCCCUGGCUCCGGCCUGACUCCAAAACCCAGGUGACGGUGCAGUACAGCCAGGUGAACGGGAUGGUCAUCCCUACUCGCGUGCACACCAUCGUCAUCUCUGUGCAGCAUGACGAAGACAUCGGGCUGGAGGAAAUGCGCGAUGCCCUGAAGGAGAAAGUUAUUAAUUUUGUGGUGCCCAGCAAGUACCUGGAUGAUGACACCAUCUAUCACCUCCAGCCCAGCGGGCGGUUCGUGAUCGGAGGACCACAGGGUGAUGCCGGAGUCACUGGCCGGAAGAUCAUUGUGGACACAUACGGGGGAUGGGGAGCCCACGGCGGUGGAGCCUUCUCAGGCAAGGACUACACUAAGGUUGAUCGAUCUGCUGCUUAUGCAGCUCGUUGGGUAGCCAAGUCCCUGGUAAAAGCUGGCCUGUGCAAACGUGUCCUGGUGCAGGUUUCCUAUGCCAUUGGUGUUGCUGAACCACUCUCUAUCUCCAUCUUUUCCUAUGGAACUUCUCAGAUGGGUGACAAAGCUCUGAUGGAGAUCGUGAUGAAGAACUUUGACCUUCGACCUGGUGUGAUUGUCAGGGACCUAAACUUGAAGCAACCAAUCUACCAAAAAACUGCCUGCUAUGGACAUUUUGGCAGGAAUGAAUUCCCCUGGGAAGAGGCCAAGAAGCUGAUCUACUAACCGCACCAGCCUACUGAUGCUUACACCAACCAACGAAUACACGAGGGCUCCUUGCCCUGGGAUUCCCUUUCAAAUUGUCCAUUACCAGUACUUACAUGAGCUAGAUCCAGAUUCUUAACUACAGAUGGGACCAACCACAGAAACAUAUUACAGUAAUAGGAAGUUGUAACCAGCUUCACUGUGAAAAGUGUUGCUUCUCCUUCCCUGGGAGCCUCCAUCCAAAGUCUGACACUUGAUUCAUGUCUCAGCAGUGGAGAUAAAAUAUUUUCAUUUAAAGGAAUUACAUCUUCUACUGUGAUGGAGGAAGUUCUCAGCUGAAUGACAAGAUUUGUUUGUGUCUUUUUGUUCCCAAAUCAUGCUUACUGUCUUGUUAACAAAGACCACUGCAAACUGGGCCACAAAUGAGCAAAAUGUAGGGUAUUAAUUAUCUGCUUAGAUUGCCUGAAGCAUUGUGAAGAGCAUUUCAAUCAGUCUGUCUUCUCUGUUCUG